AUGCAGGGCCUCCCGAGGCACACCCCGACGGUCUCCCUCACCGAGCUCGUCGACCGCGUCGUGCACGCGUCGUACGGGGAGCUGACGUCCCUCGCGAACGCGCUCCCCGGGCAACCGGAGCCCGAUCGCCGACGCGAGCUCGCGCGGUUCCUUCACGUCACGAAGCAGCGGCUCGCGCGGCUCGGCGCGAUCGCGGAAUGGGCGCCGGUGCAGCGACGCGCGCAGAUCAGCGUGACGUGCGGGGACAUGCUCGGGCAGCUCGCGCAACACGACGCGGCGUUCACGGACGGCGCGGAUCGGUUGUUCGCCCUGCACUCGCAGCUCGCGUGGGCGAAAGCGCCGCUGUACGAUCUCCCCGGGGCGCUCGACGUGCUGUGCCGCGGGCGGUACACGGACAUGCCGCACGCGGCGUUUGAGGAGGUCAAGAACGCGCCGAAGGCUGCGGCGGCGAGGGAGGGGGCGCCGAAGACCGAGGCGCAGGUCGCGGAGGAGGCGAAGCAACAGAGAGCGAAGGAGGACAGAGAGAAAAGAUUCAACGCGGAGAUUCGAGGAAGGCUGCUCGAGGUCGAGGCCGGGGUAGCGACCGGCGGGACGAAACCGCGCGCGAUGAAGGUGUGGGAGAUAUCCCGCGGCCAAGCGAUCGUCGGCGUCCCCGGGGAGUACCGAGCGGUGCUGACGCUGGGGGGCCCGCCGCCGCUGCCGCCGCCGCCGCCGGAGCCGGCGGAGGGCGAGGAACCGCCGCCGCCGCCGCCGCCGCCGCCGCCGCCGCCUCUCGGGGGUUGGCUCGUCGAGCGGAUCGAGAUACUCGUGGGGGAGAGAGACGUCGACACGGACGAGACGCGACGGUUCGAGUUAUCCGCGCAAGAGACGAGGGUCCUGAGCGAGCGUUCCACGGCGAGGAUGGCCGGGAUGAGCCCUCCGCCGCCGGCGCCGCCCGAACGCGUCGAAGGCGGCGCGCAAAGCCUCAACGGGCUGCACUACGUCUGUCACGGCGCCGCGCUGAAACUCGCGGCCGCGGCGGUGAUGGAACAGUCCAAGCGGCUCGCGAGCGGCAGCGCGAAGCGAUGGACCGGGGGGGGGAUCCGCACGGAGCCGAUAAAGAACGACGCGGCGGCGACAAAGUUUGGCGGAGGCAAAGGCGUCCGGAUGUGGUUCUGGAUCCCGGAACGUUCCGCCGGGCACGGGACCGGGACGCAGCUCGCGGGCGUCGGCGUCGGGUCCGUCGAGGCCGUGGCCGCGACCACCGCGGCCGUGGACGCGGCCGUCGCCGCGGGGACGCUCCCGAGGGUGGACGUCGUGUACACCGCCGCGGAUGAAAACGACAGCUCGAGCGGGGUCAUCGCCGCGACCGCGGCGGUGCCCGCGUCGGACGCCUCGCCCGCGCCCGCACCCGCCGCGGGGAAGGACGGCGAGGCGGCGACCUCCCCGCCGGAAGUGGAAACCACGGAGCUGACGUUCGACACCGCGACGGUGGAUGUUCGGAGGUUGCUGGAGGACGGCAUGCGCGCGGCGGCGACGGCGCGGCUCAACGCCGCGUUGAAAGCGGUCGCGAAGCCGUGUAAACAAGCCGGGUUGACCGUGACGUUCGACCCCGACGCGGUGAACGACCUCGGCGAGAACGAGGACGGGUGGGGCAUCGCGCGACGCCCCGCGAUCGUCGCGAACCUGGGCGCGAGCGGGAACUACGUCGUGUCCAUCUCGUGUUCGAAGCGAAGCGGGAAGCUGUCGUUGUGCGGCGCGGGCGGGCUCGUGUCCCCCGCGGUGGCGGCGGCGGCGGCGGCGAGGUUGCUCAAGAGCGGCGUCGACGCGAUUCAGCCGCUGCUCGAGAAGAUGCGAAGAGCCGCGUUCGAGCGCGACUUGCGCGACGCGAUCGCCGCGGAGGGAAUGCGACCGCACGAGACCCCGCGCGCGAUUCUCGCGAGCGACGACGUUUGGCCGUCCGACCUCGCCGAGCGCCCUCUCGCGGCCCUCGUGCCGAUAUCUCCAUCCUCGGGCGGUCUCUACGUCGGCGUGUUCGUCGGCUCGGAGGACGAGAAGGGCAAGCCGGGGAAGACAUCGUUCGCGUUGAUUCAAACGAAGCGACCGAACGCGGCGUCGAAGCCGCGCGUGGUUUCGUGCGCCGCGCUCGACGCGACGUCCGGGUCGAUCCUUCCGUCGAAGAAACGUAAAGCGGGGGACACGGGCGCGGCGCAAGGGACCGCGAAAACGUACGAAGCGUUCGACGUCGUACACGCCGCUCGCGUGGUAAAGUUGGCGGUCGAGAAGGAGACGGUCACCGCGCAGCGCACAGCCGCGGCGGCGUGGUUGAAGCGACGCGCGACGCGUUUCGGCGACUCGAGGCUCGUCGGCGGCGACGCCGCCGCGUCCGGGCUGAGCUGUCCGGUGAUCGCGUUCACGGUGAAGGACGCGACCGCGGAGCUCGAGCUGAGAGGAGCAGACGGCGUGUAUAUCGUCGUGCGCGCGCUGGGUCCGUUCGAGGGAUGCGCGGUGGCGAAAGAGAAGGAGAACGAGGGCGAGCCGGCUCCUGCGGGCGCGUCUGGCGGCGGCGCGGCGAGCGCCGAGACGGAGAAGGACGGGUCGGCGGUCGUCACCGCGGCGUACCCCGCGUCGGAGUUCGCCGUCGGCGCCGCGUUAGCGGACGCGUACCGUACGAUCGCGUCUCUCGCGUUUGCGAGGGCGAUGAAGGGCACGUCGUCAUCGCUAACGGUCGAGAUCGAGCCGUUUUCUGUCGUGAUCGCCCGCGGGAAAGGGAAAGACGCGACGCGCGCGCGCGUCGGGUGGGUCGGCGCGCCCGGGCCCGGAGGGCGGCUCAUCGCGGCGGCGGCGGGCGCGCAGGGGUCGAUGACGCCGGAGACGGAGGCGGCAUUAUCCGAGGCGGCGCGUGCGGGCGACGUCGACGCGUUCGCGCGGGCGCUCGAGGGCGCGGGGAAGUGAGCGACGGAGAGCGGCGUUUCCCCCUCUCGAGCGACGACCCGCGUGCGAGUUGGGCGAGUUGAUCGAUGACCCGUUCGUUUGACACGGCGACGCGCGUCGUCGAGAGUACAGUAGACCAUCGCGCGACAUAACCAUACAGCACAUCCCGCG